AUGACAACUCACUCUGCUAUAGUGACAGUUGGACCCGGGCUCCCCCUACAGGUUAUACAAGUGUCCACUCCAGUGCCAAUCCGGGAUCAAGUACGGGUCAGAAGCGAGUGGACGGCGUCGACGCCCCUGGAUCUGCAUCAGGCAGACGGUGGGCUUCUUGUAACACACCCUCAGAUCUUGGGUGAUGGAGUGGCUGGGACUGUGGUCGAGGCAGGACCAGAUGUUUCCACUUUGGCGGUUGGCGACAGAGUCUUCGGGUUCACAUGGCGCAAUCAAGCAGAGAAAGCUCACCAGGAGUUCGUCGUUGCACCUGAAUACCUCGUCGGCAAGAUUCCAGCAAGCUUUACGAUGCAACAAGCAGUCACUUUGCCAAACAACUUCGUCACAGUCUGGCAUACCUUGACCAAGGAUUUUGGAUUUGAGCUCCCAUGGCCAAAACCAGACGAAUUUGUGCCAACCGAGGCUGCUCAGGCGAUUCUUGUGUGGGGCGGGGCAUCGAGUGUAGGCCAGUACGCACUGCAGAUCUUGAAGUACUAUGGCUACAAGAAUGUGAUUGCCACGGCAAGUGCAAGGCAUCAUGCAAAAUUGCUACGGUAUGGUGCUGCGAAGUGCUUCGAUUACAAAGACGCGGGCGUCGUCCAUGACAUCCUGGAUUUUCUCAGAUCUCAGGGCAACAAUACCUUUUUUGCCUAUAUUUACGACUGCAUCGGAAGCCUCCAGGGAAGUGUCAGGCCUGUGGCUAAGCUUGCAAGCGCAGGCUGCAAAGUUGCUAUCCUGCUACCAGUCAUUGUGAAGGAUGCUGCUCAAGGGAUCAAACCCGAGUACGAGAUGGAUGUCAACACGUGCGCAGACUGGCAGUCUGGCGUAAAGGUUGCCGGUGUUCGAACUCAUUUCUAUCUGGACAACAAAUUCCUGGCAGAGAAACUUCAAUCGGAAAUUAUGCCAACGCUGUUAGCAAGGGCUAUUGUUGAACCCAACCAAUACAUCACUGUUGAAGGGGAGACGAUGCUGGAGAGGGCUACAAAGGCAUUGGAAAUGUUGCGCAAUAAGCAGGUCCAUGGAGCCAGACUUGUUUGGCGAGUCGCAGACGAGUAA